AGUCUCCCAGGAGGGUGUGUGAAUGUGAAUGCGCUCGAGCUCAUUUAAAGCCGUUCGUUUCUCUACGAGGCGGCGCUGCAUGCUGUCAAUCUGUAGAAUUAUAGGAACAACACCGCCCUGAUUUAACGAACUGCUCUCGCGGAUUUAAUGUUCUAUCUUCAUUUUCUCCCACGUUAAUUGUAUGGAGAAGUGGUUUGUCUUUAUGCACCGCUCGCUGGCUGGAGACGAGUGUCCGUGAGGGAGGAGGAGCUACCGGACAUCCGAUAAGGAACUACGAGCUUCAUUGAACAGGGAAGCCUGUCCUCCAUUAUGACUGCCGUUAGGCAGAGGAAGGGCAGCAAAGGGAAGGAGCCGGGGCCCAGCAUUCAGAACCUGAAGCCAGAGUGUAUAACUGAACCUAGAGAGUGGUUUGCAACAGGUGGAUUCUCAUGGUGGACAAUAUUGUGUAUAACCAUUGGCUCAAUAGUGGGAGUUAGUCUGGGCUUGCUAUGCUGCAUCUAUGUGGCUACACUUCAUGAAAAUGACCUGUGGUUUUCCAAUAUAAAGGAAGUCGAGCGUGAAAUCUCCUUCCGUACAGAAUGUGGCCUUUAUUACUCCUACUACAAACAGAUGUUGAAGGCCCCUUCUGUACAGCAAGGUCUUUAUGAGCUUAUUCAUGACAACACUACUGAAUCCAAGAGGACAAUUAACAUCCUACAACGUAUGAACAUCUACCAGGAAGUGUUCCUUAGCAUUUUGUACAGAAUUCUUCCCAUCCAGACCUACUUGGAGCCAAUUUAUUUCUACAUCUACACAGUGUUUGCUUUGCAGACAGUGUAUGUCUUCGCUCUCUUUAUCACUAGCUGGUUACUCAGUGACUCAUGGCUGGCUGGGGCCCUCAGUGGAGUCUGGUACAUUCUGAACAGAGUGGACACCACACGCGUGGAGUUUACCAUCUCUCUAAGGGAGAACUGGUCAAUACCUUUCUUUGCCCUUCAGGUGGCUGCCAUAACCUGCUACUUAAGGCCACAGCUAAAACCUAUUCACCAGAUAUGGCUCAUCGAGCACUGGUACAUCCUGAAGUAA